AGAUGGUAGCACUGCAGCUGUCAAAUAAUGUCAAUAACAAAUAAAUAUCAACAAAGGGCUAAAGACAAUUAAAAAUUUAAAAAUAAUUUCAUUACGAACACAUAUUAUCCUCUUAUUCUUCAAAAUGACGACAUGAUAAUCAAUUUUAUUUUGUUAAUUGUGUUAAACUAAAUUUCCAGACAUGUUCCAUAAAACGGAAAAUUCCAAAGGUAAUUUUUUAGAACAAACUAAAGCAGCGAGAGAGGAAAGAGCUUUAGAGAAAAAACGAGAAGUAGCAGCAACGUUAAUUCAAGCACACGUUCGAGGAUGGUUACGUAGACUUCAGUUUACCAGAAGUAUCUUGCGAGAAUUUGACGAAGCCAUCCCAAAUGUACCCGAAGACGUAUCUAAAAUUCAGUAUAAACCAGCAAAUGAAAUAUUUCACCAGUCUUCAAAAUUGAUGCUGAUAUGGAAUAAAGAAAGAGAUAAAGACAGAUUCGCUAAGUUAUGUCGCUACCUAGUGGCUACUCUCGAUAGCGAUUCGCCAAAAUUGAGUUACGUGGGGGCUGCUCUGAACAAAGAAACUGUGAUAAGGUGGAUUUCUCACAUGAACGAAGUUUUAUGGAAGUGUUGUAUCUAUUUGAAUGAUCUCAAACCUGAAUUUACCAGUGAUAUGAAAAGUAUUAUGAUGUUUUUGCAUGUAUUGGUUUCAUUUACAAGUACAAAAACUUGGGUGGUGCUAAAAAAUAAAAAUAUGGAAUUAUUGAAACCUGGCAUGAAUCAGCUGUGUGCCAAUUUAAUGGGACAGCUCUUCCAUAAAGGAUUCUAUUUAGUUUUGAAGGAUUUACUUCUGAAGGGAUUGGGAAAAAUAAAAAUAGCUCUUAAACACAUAUCUCUAUCGGCUAUACUUACACUUUCUUUGAGACCUCUUGUAGCGGCUAAUUAUUCAGAUAAACUCACCACGAUUUUUUUGAUUAAUAUCUUGUCUGUUCCUGGUUUAGUUCAGCACCUUCAAAAUUUGUCACCGGAGAGUAUAACAACUCUUUCUAAUCACAAAAUAUUUGGAAGAAGUUUGGAAUUGCUUUCUAGUCAACAAUCGAUGAGGAUAGUGUUUAAUACCUUAGAAGGAAGCUAUGCACUUUGUUUAUUAGCUAAUUUAAUACAAUUAGCUUACAUUGAAAGAUACAGUGUACUCAACGAAUUGUGCUUUCCUACAUUUACUGUUGUAGUAACAGGUUUGUUAGAGAGCUGUCAAAAUUACGUCGUCAGUAAACAAUCAACACUAACCCAUUGGCAUCCGGUUUUAGGUUGGUUCGCCCAACCUAUGGAUCAAUCUUUACACGCCGCAAUGCCUUACGUCAAAACACAAUUACAUUAUCUAUGGAAUACGGAAAUUAUACAAAUUAUCCUCGGUGAUUCUCUAUCAGAAUUGGUGGUGGGUAGUGAAUCUCCUUCGCAACUUAUGAGCCCGGGUCAAACGGCAUCGGGAGGCGCCAAUUUCUUUAAAAAAGUUUUGGAAAAUAGGGGCCACAAAAAUGCUACUCAAAAAUCAUACAGGGCUCUAGGUAGUCCGGAAGUCCAUCGAAUUGUUCUGAUUUGUUCCUUAUAUCAUACCGCUUUGAAUACUCUAACGCAACUUCAACUCGACAUUUUAACAGGGUUAUGUUAUCAAAACGGUAUAUUAUACGAUCUGUGGUUGUUCCUGUGUUCUUUAGGACCGAACUGUGGUAUAAAACCAUUCCUAGAUCAUUUAGCUUUCAAUACGAAAUGUUCAGCGCCCGAAUUUCAAAUGCUACAGUUGUUCGCGGAUUGUAUGUCACAUUAUGUCACGAUACUUGACGAUAUGGAAAUGUACGAACAACAAAAUCCUUUCAAACUAAAUGACUUUAUAAUCAUGUCGAAUUUUUUAAAUAUUUUUUUAUACAAAGCAGUGACGGGAAAUUUAUUUGAUUUCAAGACAAUAAAUAAUAAUUCAUUGUUUAAUUCUCUACAUACGAUCUUGAUGCUUCUGUACAAGAGAGAUUGUCGCAGAACGUACACUCCGCCCGGUCAUUGGUUAAUCAAAGAUAUCAAAGUGUCUUCUUUUAUAUCGGAUUUAGAGAAAGGUCGACGAGCCCCUCAAAUUCUCUUACAGACCAUGCCGCACAUCAUACCGCACGAAGAUAGAGUCAGACUUUUCAGAAAAUAUAUCAGCAAUGAAAAAACCGUCCUCGGUUUGACGGAAUCGGCGUGCGCUUCCCCCCAAUCGACGCUUAUAACCGUCCACAGGAAUAGAAUCGUGGAAGAUGGUUAUCGUCAAUUGGCGCUUUUACCAUCUCAAGGUCUAAAAGGUGUUAUAAGGGUGAGAUUUAUCAACGAACAAGGUCUCGACGAAGCCGGUAUCGACCAAGAUGGAGUUUUUAAAGAAUUUCUCGAAGAAAGUAUCAAAAGAGUGUUCGAUCCAUCUUUGAAUCUGUUCAAAGCUACCAGCGAAGAAAGGCUGUAUCCGUCACCUACGUCUUCUGUACAAGACAACCAUUUGCAGUUGUUUGAAUUCGUAGGGAGGAUGUUGGGCAAGGCCGUUUACGAAGGUAUAGUAGUAGAUGUACCCUUUGCUUCGUUUUUUCUGAGUCAAGUAUCAGGUCAAACGGCUCAGGUAUUAUACAGUUGCGUAGAUGAACUACCGUCUUUAGAUCCGGAACUGUAUAGAAGUUUGAGCUACGUCAAACAUUACGAAGGCGACGUUUCAGAUCUUGAUCUCACCUUUAGCGUAGACGAAGACAGUAUGGGAAAAAUAGUUACCCAUGAAUUAGUACCCGGAGGCAAAGCCGUACAAGUGACUAACGAAAACAAGAUAAAUUACAUCCAUUUGAUGGCCCACUUCAGGAUGCACGUUCAAAUCAAGGACCAAACCGCCGCCUUCAUCAGGGGGUUCCGAUCGAUCAUAAACCCAGAUUGGUUGACGUUAUUUUCCACGCCCGAGUUACAACGUUUGAUAUCCGGAGAUAAUGUCCCAUUAGAUUUGAAAGAUUUAAGAAAGAAUUGUCAAUAUUACGGGGGAUUCCACGAUUCGCAUCGAGUCAUCGGGUGGUUGUGGGAUAUAUUGGAGAAGGAUUUUAAAGAAGAAGAAAAAGGAAUGUUCCUGAAGUUUGUUACAAGUUGUUCUAAACCGCCUUUAUUGGGGUUUGCACAUCUCGAACCACCGUUUUCCAUUAGGUGUGUAGAGGUAGGGGAUGACGAAGAUACAGGAGACACUAUAGGUAGUGUUUUUAGGGGAUUUUUUACUAUAAGGAAAAAAGACCCUCAGAAUCGUCUGCCGACUUCUUCGACUUGUUUUAAUUUAUUAAAACUUCCCAAUUACCAGAAGAAGAGCACCCUACGUGAAAAAUUGAGGUACGCAGUAACCUGCAAUACCGGUUUCGAAUUAUCCUAGACUUGGGAAAUUGUAUGGCCAUCUUUUUUCCACGAUUUGUCACCACCGGACAACACCAACAAACAAUUAAUCGGUUUGAUAAAAUAUCGAAAAUUGACAACUUGAUUAAAUUAAAAGGGUAAAAAUUGAUUUUUCUUGUUAACAACUUUCAAAAAUCAAAUGGGGUAGUUGUAACCUUCAGAAAGGUGAGUAAUUUCGUCAAGGGGAUGUAGUUUCGUAUAAAAAAUUGUAGAAUUUCCAGUUUUGCUUAUAAUCAAAUAUAAAAUUGAUUUUUUUCACUAUUUAUCAUAUCUUUAGGCUCUAAACUUCUCAUAAGGAUAAUCGGCAGCUAUUUUGACCCUUUUUAUGGUGGAAUGAAUGAUUUAUGAUUUGGCCUUUGCCACACAAUAUUAACAGUUUUUCGUAUAUUUAUUCUUUUUUACUUGAUUUUCACUCUACUUUCCAAUUUUUUCUUCAUUUUAAGCAGCUUGAAAGGAACUUUCUAUAUAGCUACUGUUUCCAUUAUUUCUGUUUUUUUCUCAUUCUUUGGUGAAUAUUUCCAAGCAUACUUGGAGGAUUUUCCAAUAUAUCCUUUUAAUACCAUCUGUUUCUAACCAUUUCUGCUUAUGUCUGUCUAGUACACAUCAGAAUAUUCUAUAUCUGCAUACUACCAAUGAUAAGUUACAGAAAAAAGAAGACUAACAUAACCAGUUGUUGUCAAUUGGUGUUGUAAAUAUUUAUCGAGAAGAAUAAUCAUUUAUUUAUGUAUGAUGUAUAUUUGUAAAUAUUUUAGUAAAUUUUCUAUGUUU